AGGACCCUCGCCUGCUCCCUGAAUGAGUGAGGCGCGUAAAGCAACACAUUUUCAGCUUGUGACACUUUUUACUGACAUCGAUUAAUAUCACCAACUGGAGCUAUUUGACUGACUCAUGAUGUUGCAGAUGGAGGAAGUCGAUGUUGAGUCGACAGUUACCAGCAUUCCUGGCUGUAGACCUGGGCAUCAUCUGGGAUUUGCUUGGGGUCCGGGUGAUAUCCUUGCUUUCGAGACUAAAUUCACGGAAUCAGCGCAAAUUUUACGUGGAAAAGGAUCUGCUGACCAGUUUGUCCACGUGGUCCGGAAGGACGAAGAGAUCUACUCCCCAAUUUUACGGAAACUUUUCAACGAGUCGCACCACAUCUUUGUUGGCCUGCAAACCAUUCAGGACGACCUCCCCAGCAAAAACAAAAAAUCUCAAUACGUUAGCAUCAGUAAAAACUACAGGUCUGUCAUUCGCGCUUGUAUGACUGAACUUCAACAAGUUGGAGUUACAUCCACCAAUGCAGAGGUCACCAAACGUCAUGCAGAUCAGGCAUCUGUCCUGCUCGCCAUCGAGCUGAUUUGGAAUCUUUGCGAAGUUCUGUUCAUCGACUCCGCUCCAGCUGGCUCCCUCCUGCUGCACUUGGUCGACUGGCUGAGGCUGCACAAGUCCGACGUGGACGAGAAGGCCAGAGAGGUUCUGCAGGACGAAAGUCCGACUGAGCACAGGGACUACUGGGAAGUGGUGAUCGGCUAUGUGCUGCAGGGGAGUUUGGUAGAAGCCCGGCAGAUGCUGAUGAAGCAGGCCAACCUUCAUCCUGCUGCCUUGAAGAUGUACACGCUCAUGGACAGUCUGCUCAGCAAGAUGCCCUUCUACAAUCCUGGUGGCACCCAGACACUGAUGGAGUUCGAUGUGAAGUGGAAGAACUGGCAUGGAGAGGUGGACCGCAGCCUUCAGGACGGCUCCUUUGCCAGAAACAAACACCUGGAGCUCAUUUGUAAGAUCUUAGUCGGAGAUGAAGACACUUUACUGGAGCACAAGGAACUUCUGGGCACCUGGUACCACUUCCUGGUCACGAGGCUCCUCUACUGCCACCCGACUGUCAAACCCACAGAGUUGCACUUCUACGCACAGUCCUGCAUGACCAUGUUUCUGGACUCCAGGAGCGUCCUGGAGCCUCUGGACAGCAUCUUACUGGCUGCUUUUGAGUUUGACAUCCACCAGGUCAUCAAAGACUGCAGUAUUGCUCUCAACAACUGGUGGUUUGUGGCUCAUUUGACCGACCUCCUGGAUCACUGCAAACUCCUGCAAUCUCACAACCUCCACUUUGGAUCCAACUUAAGAGAGUUUCUCCUGUCAGAAUAUGCAUCCAGUCUUUUCUCACAUCACAGUUUAUGGCAGUUGGCCGUGGACUAUUUCGACAACUGCCCAGAGCUGGGUCGAGUCUCCCUGGAGCUGCAGAUCGAGCGGGUCCCAUUGGACACGGAGCGGAAGGCCCUGAAGGUGCUGAGCAUCUGUGAGCAGAGGCAGAUGUCCGAGCAAGUGCGGAGCAUCUGUAAGAUCAUGGCCAUGCGCGCCUUGAGGAAUGACCGACUCGGCUCCGCGCUCUCUUGGAGCAUCAGGGCCAAAGACGCAGCAUUAGCCACCGUCAUUUCAGAGAGAUUCCUGCAGGACUACUCGGCUAAAGGUUCCUUCACUGAUCUGGACCUGAUCGACAACUUGGGUCCUGCCAUGCUGCUCAGUGACAGACUCACAUUUCUGGGAAAAUACCGUGAGUUCCACAAGUUGUAUGGCGAGAAGCGCUUCAGGGAGGCGGCCAAACUGCUGCUGUGUCUCAUGACAGCCAAGAUCGCGCCACAGAGCUUCUGGAUGACUCUGCUGACGGACGCGCUGCCGCUGCUGGAGCAGAAGGAGGUCAUCUUCUCCGUCGAGCAAACCCACGAGCUGAUGUUCUGUCUGGAAGAGCUGACCUCCUCGCUGAACACACCGAGCCCAAAAGACCAACUCAUGCAGGAGGAAGACAUCGACAACACCAAGGUCGAGCUUUUGAGGCUCGCGCUCGCCAGGAAUUUGGCAAUGGCGAUCGUCUCGGAAGGAACGAUGGAGUCAUAACAGAGUCACACAAUUCGUAUUGUACAUAAACAAGUGUUUUCUUUGAUAAUAAACUUGAUUUAUAUUAAUGUCAAA